AUGUCCCUUCUGGAAGAGUUACAAGAUGUGCGCCUGGAGGAAGACGCGAUCGACUACCACAGCCGUGACAAACACGACAUGGUGAAAGUCUUCAUCAAUCACUCGGACCCAUAUGACUUGGAAACGCCACUGGACACAGACGAUGAUAAGCCAGAAGAGCCAGAAGAGGCAGACUUUGUCGUUCAAAGAGACCUCUUUCCCGAAUACUCGAGCUUCGAGGACAAUUUGACCACCAUGGAGGACGGAAGUCCCGCGCUGUACUUGGGUGGCGCGCUGGACAUCGAUCACGGUAUAUUCAACGACUAUGUGAACUGGCUGCAUCGUGGCCGGAUUCCAUUGGUAGAGACGCCAGUCCCUAGAAGGAAGAGGAAACGCCGCGAGUCAUAG